UUGGUCAGGAUUAUAAUGUUAUAUACUGAACUUUCCUUUAUCCUCAUUGAAUAUUUAAUCUGCAGUUAUCAAUGUUGCUGAGUUAAUUCCCUAAUUGUAUAAUAGUUCAUACAAAUAAUACAAUUUUUUCGAUUCCUACCAAGAUGUGUACUUCAGUAAAAAACAAAAAAUAUCAGAAUAAUGAUACAUGUCGAUCAGUGUUUGAAACAUUCAUGAAUUUCUUAAGAUAUUUCAUAAAAUGUUUGAUCAUCCAAUUUCAUAGACUAUUUGAUUGUCUGAUAGACUUUGUUUUUGGAUUCUAUUAUAACAAUAAGUCAAAGAAAGUUCCGCCAAUAAAAGAUGAUUUAUUGUUGAUGAGUGCAUCGGAGUUAGCUGAAAAGAUAAGAACAAAAAAGGUAUCAUCUGUGGAAGUUGUUACAGCAUUUAUAGAAAGAGCAAAGGAAGUAAACGAUAUAAUAAAUGCUGUAGUUGAAGAUAGAUAUUUGGAAGCUUUAGAAGAAGCCAAACAGGUAGACAAAUUGUUGCAGGAGUCAGAAAAUACUGAUGCACUCAAGAAAGAAAAGCCUUUCUUAGGUGUACCUUUUACAACAAAAGAAAGCAAUGAAGCUAAAGGCAUGCUUCAUACAAUGGGUUUAAUCAGUAGACGUGAUUAUCGUUCUGAAGAAGAUGCUACAGCAGUACUGUCUAUAAAAAAGGCUGGUGCAAUCUUAAUAGCAAAAACAAAUGUUCCUGAGCUAAAUUUGUGGACUGAAUCAAGGAACCCUUUAUACGGACAAACUUGUAACCCAUAUGAUACUACUAGGAACGUUGGUGGAAGCAGUGGGGGAGAAGCAGCAAUAAUUGCUUCUUGUGGCUCUGCAUUUUCUAUUGCCAGUGACAUUGGUGGAUCUACUAGAAUGCCUGCCUUCUUUAAUGGUGUUUUUGGCUACAAACCAACUUCAGGUUUAAUAUCAUUAAAAGGUAUUGGACUUCGACAAGAUGAUUUUCCUAAUUCCAUGGCACAAGCAGGUCCAAUCUGUAAAAAGGCAGAAGAUUUGGCACCUAUUUUAAAAGUUUUAGUAGGAAAAAAAGCAUCAUUACUGGAACUUGAUACACCAGUAAACGUGAAGACUCUUAAUAUUUAUUAUCAACAAAGUUCAGGCGAUAUAAGAACAAGUAAAGUAAAUUCCGAAAUGAGAGCUGCCCUUCUAAAAGCUGUGCAUCAUCUUAAGGAACUUACUGGAUCAGCAAAAAAGGUAAGAAUACCAGGUUCUGAAUAUAGUUACCGACUCUGGAGGUACUGGAUGACUGAAGAAGGUGUCAACUUUAAAUGGAAUAUAACAAAUAAAAAGUAUUGCACAAAUGCCACUACGGAAAUCAUGAAAUUAUUAACUGGAAAAUCAGAAUAUACAUUUGCCGUGAUUAUGAAGUUAAUCGACGAAGAUUUCUUUCCAAAAGAAAAUGCUGAAUGGGCAAAGAAUAUAACUGAAAAUAUGAAAGAAUAUUUAAUGAAUAAAUUAAAGGAUAAUGGAGUGUUACUGUAUCCAUCAGCACCUUUUCCAGCUAGUUAUCACUAUACAGCUUAUUUCAGACCUUUCAAUUUUGGUUAUUGGUGUCUCUUCAAUAUUCUGAAAUUCCCAGUUUGUCAAGUGCCCCUUGGUUUAAGCAAGGAUGGACUACCUAUUGGUAUCCAGGUUGUUGCAGCUCCAUAUAAUGAUCACAUGUGUAUUGCUGUAGCACAAGAAUUGGAGAAAGCAUUUGGUGGUUGGGUACCACCAGCUUAAUUAUAAAUGUUAAAGUUUAUACAGUUUCUUUAAACUGUACUAAGGAUGUUUGGUUAAUAAUUAAUAAUAAUAGCUGUUAUUACUAGUAGUAAUAAUACAGUAAUAAUUGUUUUGUAAGGAUUGGUAUAAUGGUAAAUUUAUUUGUUAUUGUUUUCACGUUAGUUUCUUCUUUAUAUCACAGUUUGUUUGUUAUAAUGAAAUUAAGUUUUGAUUUUAUCCAGUUUGUUAUUUAUUUUAAUUUACAUGUGUUAUAUUAUUUGGUUACUGGUUGAAUAAGCAAACUGGUUGAUUGUGAAAUCAUUUUUUUAUUAAUAUUUUUAAUAAACAUAUUGCAGCCAUUAUUAGAAAAUUUUUCUAUAUGCAUUUAGAUAGCUUACUGCAUAAACAUAAUGCACAUUUCAUUAAAACAGGGUACUUAAAUGAAACAUAAUUUUUUGACUUUGAAUCUCUAAUUUUACAUACAUUUAAUUAAAUAUAUAUAUUUUGAGAAAACAUUUUUUUAUUGGAUAUUUUAUUAUAUAAUUUUUAUACUGAAUAUGUUAUUAUGUUAUGUUUUUUAUCAUUUUUAUACAGUAUUGUUAUUAAAUGUUAAAACAUACAGUUUUCUAUCUGUCAUUCCAAUUGUAAUAAUUGUAAUAAUCUAAUUAAGAUACAAUAUGGAAUAUCAAUCUUUUAUUAGAUUAAAAUAUACAAAAUCAAUCUGCAAAGUAAUUUGUAAAAUUAUGUGUACUUGGAAACUAUUAAUAAAACUUAUAAAUGGUGAGUACUAAUA